AUGAAACCAGUAAAAAAGACUUUACAUAUCCCACCAUCAUAUACAUUUGCAUCCAGUUGUUCAAAUCCAGCCACGAUUAUAUCUCUAGCAUCAUUUGUUUCAUCUUGUUCCUCACCAUUAAGUCAUGUUGGAGGUUUACGCCCUUGUUAUCAACAACGUAAAUUUCUUUCGACAUCGAACGCAUCAACUGUUUCUUCGUUUGCUUCUUCUUCUAUUCUUUCGACUGCUGCUAUUCAUAUUACAGACGAUGAACAUUUUGAAACACCACCGUCUACAAGCAACACUAGUGAUCAUUGUUUUGAAAUGAAUCCAUUUGAAAAGUUAUCUAAAAAACAAACUUCACAGUCAUUAAAUAAGGGAAAAUUAUUCUCUUCUUCGUCAAAAUCUUCCGUUGAUCAUCGAUCAACAACAAAGAAAUCAAAAAGUUCUACAGCAUCAGAUUCGGCUAAAUCUACUCCAACAACAAUUAAUGAUGUAACAGUUGUUGUGACACCAAAUGAUGGAAAAAUAGCUCCUAAAGGAAAACAUCGAUUAGCUGAUGAUGUUGAACGUGUUGUUCAAGAACAUUUAACAUAUGUUCGUGAAGAAAUUAGUGAUGGAUGGGAUUUAAUACAUCAAGAAGGUGAAAUGAAAGUCUAUCGACGUGAAGUUGAAGAGAAUGGAAUUGUUGUUGAUCCAUUAAAAAGUUUUCAUUCAAUUAAAGGUGUUACUGGUCAUGAAAUUUGCCGAUAUUUUUGGGAACUUCAGUAUCGUAUGGAGUGGGAAACAACACUUGACUCAACCAAAGUUAUUGAAGUAUUAGAUCAAGAUACAGUUAUCUUUUUUCAAAUGCAUAAACGUGUCUGGCCAGCUGCUCAACGUGAUUCAUGUUUUUGGUCUCAUAUUCGUUGUAUAUCAAACUCUGAAGAAGAUCAACCAACAUGGCUUGUUGUUAAUUAUACUACUUCACAUCCUCUUGCACCUAUAAAAGCACCUCAAGUUCGACUUGUUGCAAAUGUUGCUCUGAUAUGUGAAACAAUUAUUAAUGAACCACCAUUAAAUCCAAAAGAUAUUAAACGAGAAAAUAUUCAAUGUAAACUAACAUAUGUUGCUUUUGGUAAGAUCAAAUUCUUUUUUCUUCUUCUAUUUCUGAAACUAAUGACACAAUUCAGAGAUUAG